AUGUCAAUAUUAUUAAGAGAACCUCCAGAACAUAUUUACCAUACAAUUCAAAAACAAAAUCUUGACGCAAACCAAAUCUCGAACACUGUGGCAAUUCCAAGCUCUCAAGAACCAGGCCAUUCCCACAUUUACAGAAAUGCUUAUAAUCCUAAACAUUUGUUUUCUACUCCAUACCCUGGAAUUGACACGUUGUAUGAUACUUUUGAAUUAAGUGCCGCGGUGAAUGCCGACAAACCUUGUCUUGGUAGUAGAAUCAAAAAUAGCGACGGUACUUUUGGAGCAUACACGUUUCAAACAUACCAUGAAAUACGUGAAAGACGUAACAAUCUUGGAUCAGGUAUUUUUUACGUGUUGGAAAACAAUCCGUACAAGACUGACAGCGAUACUCAUAAAAAAUUGAGUUAUGAUUCAGAAAAGAGCAAAGAUUCAUUUGUACUUACUGUUUACUCACAUAAUCGUCCAGAAUGGGCCUUGUGUGAUUUGACUUGUGUUGCCUACUCAAUUACCAAUACUGCAUUGUACAGCACUUUGGGCCCAGAAACUAGUGAAUACAUUUUGGAAUUGACGGAAUCCCCUAUAGUUGUUUGUACAAAAGAUAAGGUUCUUGAUUUGAUCAAAUUAAAGAAAAACAACCCAGAAAAAUUACGGAAUUUAAUUGCCAUUAUCUCCAUGGACAAAUUGGAGUUGGAAGAUAACAAAUUGACUUCUUUAGCUCAUGAGAAUUCAAUCAGUUUGUUUGAUAUGGGUCAAGUUGAAAAAUUGGGGUCCCUUAACCCAUUGGCACCAAUCCCACCUAAACCUGAUGAUGUUUUCACCAUAUCUUUCACUUCAGGUACCACUGGUGCUGCACCUAAGGGGGUCGUUUUAACCCACAAAAAUUUGGUGUGUGGAAUCACUGUUCACGUUGCUGGAUUUGGGUUGGUUCCUGGACGUAUCCAUUACAGUUUUUUGCCUUUGGCCCACAUAUACGAGAGAGUUUUUCUUCAAUAUGGUUUAAUAUCCGGUAUGAAGAUUGGAUAUCCUCAGGGUCCACUGCCAACAACCUUAUUUGAGGACAUUAAGGUAUUAGAGCCAACAUUUUUGUGCUUAGUGCCAAGAGUUUAUACAAAGUUGGAGGCAGCAAUUAAAGCCCAAACAGUGGACAGUGACAAGCCCUUAAUGAAGUAUUUGUUUACAAAAGCCAUUAAUAAUAAAUUGGAGUUGCAACAACAGGAAGACCAUGUUAAUCCUAGCAAUUUGGCUUACGACUGGUUGUUGAAUCUGUUGCGGAAAAAGAUAGGUAUGAAAAAUGUGGAGCUUUUUGUUACUGGAUCAGCCCCGCUUGCAGAGGAAACUUAUUUCUUUUUAAGGGCAGCUUUGAAUUUACCACGGGGAUUCCACUCUGGUUACGGGUUAACAGAAAGUGUUAGUGGUUGCUCUGUGUCUCCUGGCCAUGCCAACAAAUUCUCGUCAGGUCCAAUUGGUGUGUCAACAGAAAUGAGAUUGAGAGACAUUCCAGAAAUGGGAUACUUUGCUAAAGAUGAAGUAGGUCCUCGUGGAGAAUUGUUAUUAAGAGGACCCCAAAUUUUCCCUCGUUACUACAAGAACCCUGAGGAAACAGCCAAAGCUUUUGACGAAAAUGGCUGGUUCUGUACAGGUGAUGUGGCACACAUUGACGCAGCUACUGGAAGAAUCAACAUUAUAGACAGAGUGAAAAACUUUUUCAAAUUGGCACAAGGGGAAUACGUCAGUCCAGAGAAGAUUGAAGGGUUAUAUUUGGCACAAUUCCCUUAUAUCUCUCAAUUGUUUGUCCAUAGUAAUUCAUUACAAACAUAUCUUGUUGGUGUUGUAGGGUUAGAUCCAACAACCAUUGCCAGUUACAUCAAGAAGAGAUUUCAUGAUAAGAUUGAAAAAGAGGCAGAUAUUCUCCAGUUUUUGAACUCUCCUCAGAAUAAAAAGAUUAUGUUACAAGAUAUGAACAAGGUCAUUGCUAAGGAGUUGCAAGGUUUUGAAAAAUUGCAUAAUAUCACAGUUUCUUUUGAGCCUUUGACAGUUGAAAAGGGUGUCAUUACACCAACAAUGAAAAUCAGAAGACCAAUUGCUGCCAAAUACUUCCAAAAUGAGAUUGAUCAAAUGUAUGAAGAAGGCUCUUUGGUGAAGAAUGGAGCUUUAUAG